CAAGUAAACAUUGGUAAACAUUUAAAAUAUUUAAAACUAUGUUUAUGUUCUUCUUCAUAAGUGUAUCGACAAAAUUUUUGUAGUAUUAUGGCGAUAUGUUAUAUUUAAGAAAAAAAUAUCUUUAAAAAAUUAUAAAGAUGGAGGAUAAUACCUUAUCAGUCGUUGAAAAUUGUUCACAUAUGUUGGAUCAUCAAAGUGUAUUAUCACAAAAUUUAGGUCUUGUAAAGGAUGUUAACGAAAAUAGUCAUGGAAUUGAUAAGGCUCUUCCCACUGAAAAUGUAGUGAUUGUUAAAUAUUCUGAUAGUGCUGAGCAAAUACAGAUUCUUCCAAAAUCAGGAACUGAAUCUAGUACAGUGGAACUGAAUAAUGAUAAAACUGAUAGUAGCAUUAUGGAGAAAACAGAAAAUACAGAGUCUACUAAUGUUUCUAAUCAAAAAGAUUUUCAACCAAAUAUAGAUGUAAAUGAAAUACUAGAAAAAAUACUGUACCAGGAAAACGUUAUUGAACAAAAUACUGAAGGUUUAAAAGUUUUAGAGGAGAAAAAUAAAACAUUAGAAGGUUUAAAAAAAGAUCUUGAAUUCAAGCUUGAAAAUGCCAAUAAACAAAAAGAACUUGCCAUUAAAGAGAAAGAAAAUAUGGUUAUUAGAUAUGCAGUAGGAGAAAAGAAUAUAUUAAAAGAACGUCAGAUGAAAGAACAAGCUGAGAAAAAAUGCAAGGAAUUUCAGAAAGAAAUUGAAUUUUUACAACAUAAGUUACAAACAAUGAUAUCUGAAAAGGCCAGAAUUGGACAAAUGCUUGAUAAUAAAUGUUAUGAACAUAAGAAUGUUCAACAAGAAUUAGAUAAAGCUAAACAAGAUUUAAAUAAUUUGGAAACAAAACUGAAAUGGAAUCAAAAUAGUUUAAAAACAGAAAUGGAGGCACAUAAAGAAUGUCAAAUUAAGGUUGAAGCUCUUAGUACUAAAAUUCAGGAUUCAGUAAAUGAAAUAGAACAAGCUAAGAAAAACGCAGAAGAAACUAUUAAAAACUUUAUGACAUCACAAGAGAAUAAAGCAUAUGUUUUAGACCAGCAAGUUAAGGAGCAACAGGCCUUAUUGAUUUUAUUAAGGCAUGAAAAAAGUGAUAGGGACCAGCAAAUUAAAACUUUUCAAAGCGAGUUGGAGAGAUUACACAGUAAACAGAAAGAUACAAUUGAAGAAAAUAAUAAUUUAAGUCUCAAAGUACAACAUUUGGAGAGAGAAAGACUGGAGAAUGAACAAAAACUAAGUGAACUUCGAGGCUACCAAGAUCAACAGCGUCAAGAUGCUGCAAAUUUACAAACUAAAACGGUGCAGUUUGAACAACUCAAAUUACAACUUAAACAUGAACAAGAACAACUAGAAGUGUCAAAUGAACAAAUGAGUUUGUUAAAACAAAGAAAUCAAGAAUUAGAAUCUGAUAUGGAAUCUUGUAGAAUUAGAGAAGCAGAAUUACUGCUUUUUACACAACAAUUGACUGACAAAAAUGUUCGUUUGCAAUCGGAGUUCACUACAGUUGAGACAAAGGUUCAACAAUUAACGUGCGAACAAGGUAUUCUUAAAAGACAAAUAAAGGAACAAGAAACAAAAAUAUCCAUGUUAUCGGCUACAUUAGCUGAAGAAAGGACCAAACUCACUUCGGAAAAUGAAUGCCUUAAAAGAAAUUUAGAGGAAACGCAGAAAAAAAUAGAAGCAGCGAUUCAGGAGAUCGGAGAUCAGAAAGGAGAAAAUUUAGUAUUGAAGAGAAAGUUUGAUUUAAAUUUAAGGGAAGUAAACAAAGAGUUACAUCACUGUAGGAAAAAACUAGAACAAUAUGAGAGUAAUGAUUCGUCUUCAAAUACUAGUAGUUCAAGUUCAACAUUGAAUGUCAAUGGGCAUUCUCAAAAUUCUGCUGAUAUUGAACAAGUGAAGGUAAUUCAGCCUGAGCCUACAAUAGAUAAGCAAACACUUAUUGAGCAUAUAGUAAAGUUACAAAGAAUUAGUGCAAAGAAAUCUGAAAAAAUUGAUUUUCUUGAGGAGCAUAUCAAUACUUUAGUUUCAGAGGUACAAAAGAAGACCAAGUUGUUACAGGGUUAUGUAUUAAGGGAACAAAGUGGAACUUUGACAUCAAAUGCAAUGGACAAUAAUAAGGCGAAGUUAGCCAAAUUAAAUGGUGUGAUGGCAUCUAUGUACAGCAAUAAGAUCUGCGAUGAGACUCUGACACUUGAAUUAUCUCUAGAUAUUAACCGAAAAUUACAAGCUGUACUAGAAGAUGCCCUGCUUAAAAACAUGACACUGAAGGAAAAUGUAGAGACAUUAGGCAGUGAAAUUGAUAGACUAAAUAAUCUCCGGAAAAAUUCAUGACUUUUUGUAAAAUAUUUCUCUCUUUAUUAAAUAAUUUAUUGUGAUCUCGUGUAUUGUAUAAUUAGAUUCUAUUUACUUAAACAUAAACUAUUUGAUUAAUUGAAUUAAUCAGGUUUGGGGUUUGACGUGUGGACGUGUUUAUAUUUUAGUGACAAUCUCAUCUCAAUUUUUCAUUGUUAUUUAUUAUUCCAAUCUUCUGGGAAUAAUGGGACAUGAUUAAUCAUACUUGAUAAUGAUUAAUGACAUUUGAUUUUGUUUUAGUUAUAGCAGCGUUAAGGUGAGUUUAUAUGUAUCCGUCAAGCGACGUCCGUCGUUCCGUUACUCCAAUCAUAUUUAAGUAUGAGCUGUCAUUAUAGAAAUAAACCAAUCAAAUUUUAUAAAAUCAAUGACGGAUGACGCAUGACGGAUGCAUGUAAACCCACACAUAUUUCCAGAAGCUUAUUAACUUGUCAAAAGUAUAUAAAUAAUUGGGUCUAAAAUAAACUAACAAAUAAGAAUCUUGCUUAAAAAUAGUUGCACGAUCACGUUACACUGAAAUCUGGCUUUAAAUUUAUUUUAACCCUUUAUAUUUAACCUCUUUAUUAAGGGUUAUUGCUGUAAAUUAUUAUUGUGUACUUAUUAUUAAAAUAUUUCAUAUCGAAAUAGAUUUAAAUUUAUCAGUAUUGUCCCAACUAAAUAUAGGAAAUAAAAUUAUUGUAUUAUAUAAUUCCAGAUAAUAUAUACUUUAUGUUAUUAAUAUAAUAGAAAAAUAUUAAAGGAUGAAGUCAUAUUUUGUACUUAAUUAAAUGUUUUGAUUUGUAAAUUAUUAUACAGGAUUUUUCACUCAACUGGUUCAUUAAAAUUUUAUAGGAUAUAAUUUAGCCACAAAAAAUUUGAAUGUUUCAACCUCGGUUUCAAGUUAAGAU